AUGUUGAGCCUUCAAGCUUCAUAUGAUCCAUUGGCUUUGCCGUUGCAGUUAUGCAGGCGAAAAAUUACCCGAGCUGCAGUUGAUGCCACACCUCUCUUGGGUCCCAGUCUCUCGAGCCUGGGUUCUGUUAAGGAAUCAGUCAAUGUAAGUGAAUGCGAAGCAGUAAGGAAUACUUGUGACCCUCUUGUCCUUGCCAAGCUUUUUACAAUAUUAGAGGCCCUUGGUGACAGAGUGGAGAUGCAUAAGAACAUUGGAGAACAAAGAGAUAACUGGAACUCUCUCUUCCUGAUCUCUGUCAACAUGAUGUUGCUCGCCGCAGCUAUUGUUGUGGGCAUGGCCACCGUUAGUGCUGCAUCAAAUGAUCAAGCACUACCCCUGGCGUUCAAAGUCACCUCAACAGUACUAUAUUUAGCAGCUACAAUGAUGCUGGUGGUGGCGAACGUGAUCCAACCAUCCCAACUGGCUGAAGAACAGAGAAAUGCCGCUAGGCUAUUCAAGCAACUGCGAGAUCAGGUCUGCAUAAAGCUCUCUAUUUGCACUCCGAGCAUCAUGGACGUGGAUGAAGCAAUGGAGAAAGUCUUGGCAUUGGACAAGGCGUACCCACUCCCUCUAAUAGGAAAAAUGCUCGAGAAGUUCCCGAAGAAGAUUGAACCUGCUGUUUGGUGGUCACAACAAAGCCGGCAGUGGGCUGAAGGGCUCAGUCUAGAAGGCAAAAGGAUUGGGAAUGGAUGGAGCGAAAAGUUGGAAGAUGGAAUGAGAGACAUCGUAGAAGUGUUGAAGAGGAAGGACUUGGCAGAUUAUUUAAGAUUGAGCAAAAAGGCCUUGAAAAUGAACAAGGUAUUGGCAAUUUCAGGUCCUGUGUUAACAAUGCUUGCUGCUUUUGGGUCUCUAAUGGUGGGAUUUCCCCACCGUUCUUGGGCUAGUGUGAUGGGGAUGGUGUGUGGAGCAUUGGCAUGCAUAGUGAACACAGCAGGACAUGGAGGGCAAGUUGGGAUGGUGUUUGAGAUGUAUAGGAACAACGCUGGUUUCUUUAAGCUCAUGGAAGAGAACAUAGAGUCUAAUCUUAGCGAAAGAGAUGCUGAGAAAAGAGAGAAUGGGGACAUAUUGAGAUUGAAGGUGGCUCUACAGCUAGGAAGAACUGUGUCAGAACUUGAGGACUUGGGCAAAUCCUUGCCAAGUGAUGGGAAGGCCAUUGAAGAAUUUGCAAGCAAGCUAUUUUGA